AUGUUUGGUGCGCUUAACCGGUUCAUCGGCCGACUGGAUGGUGAGCCCGCCCAGCAGCCUCGGAAUGGACCGAGCGACAAUGCCUUUGGAUUCCAGGUGCUUCGCAACAAAGACGCCGAGCUCCCCUUAGAGCCAUGGUUUGAUUUCAUUGUGGGAAUUAAUGGACAUACUAUUGAGGACCCAGACCCAACCCUGUUUGCGACAGAGGUGCGCAACUGCGCCGGAUCAAGCCUGACACUCGAAGUCUGGAGCGCAAAGGGACAACGGACACAUACCGUCUCAAUUCCUGUACCAACAACAAAUCCGUCUCUUGGUCUCGCUUUGCAGCUCGCCCCCCUUUCCUCCACACAAAACAUUUGGCAUGUCCUCGGCAUUCCGUCACCACUGAGCCCAGCCUACCGAGCGGGUCUUCUUCCACACUCGGACUACAUUAUCGGAACUCCAAGUGGAACAUUACGAGGGGAGUCUGCCCUCGGGGAGCUGGUAGAGGACCACCUUGAUCGCACAUUGAUCCUCUGGGUAUACAAUAGCGAGUUCGAUGUAGUACGAGAAGUCGAGAUCGUCCCUACGAGAGGCUGGGGCGGUGAAGGUGCUGUUGGUGCAGAGCUAGGGUUUGGCGCUUUGCACCGAUUGCCAAUUGGAUUGGGUGAAGAGGUUGAAGGACCGGGCGAGGUUGUCUUUGAAACCCGAGAAGAUGGGACUUCCGGACAAACUCCAGAUCCCAAUGCCGUCGCCCCGAGCUUUGGAGCACCUUCAAGCUUUCUUGUACCGGCCAAUAUGGCCUCGCCUCCUCCUCUGGCCGCACAAACUCGAGUUGUUUCGCCAGGAGGAAUAUCACCGUCCAACCGUCGCGGAGCAAAGCCGCGGCAUGGAGUUUCCCCUAAUCGGACAUUUGAUGAUUACUUUGCCGAAGGUGAACAGAAAAGCCGGGAACAAGACUUCGCGCCUUCACGGAAAGGAACCCCUCUUCCCCCGCCGCCUAAAGCAGGCGUCUCACCGGUCCAUGAAGACAAUCCAGCCUCCGCAGUAUCAGAGCCAGUGGAGGGAGAGCCAGGACCGGCGGAGGAAUCAUAA